AUGAAAGCUAAAGCCUCUUAAAUAUCUCCUGAUAAAUUAUAUGCUUCACUUCUCAAAAAGAAAAGUGAUUAAGAAUAAUAAGCUCGUCUAAAAUCACCAAUUGUAAAUCCUAAUAAGUAUACACAUCAUUUUAUUAUUUAGAUAUCUAGUUCCAAGCAAUAGGAAUGGAAUUGGCAAUUCUAAAAUAGAAGCUAAAAAAUCAAGACCAACUAGCGGAAAAGAUUUUAAAGAUGUUAGCAGUGUAUUACUCAAAAAAACUCAUGCACGUUAGAAUAGCAAAUUAAUCGAAACUAAAGAAAAUUCACAAAAUAUAUCUGCUAAUGCCUUAUCAAUCUUAUUAAAAAUCAAGUAAGAAAGACCUGAAACUAAAUAACCUGUUAUUCAGUAAAACAAAGAUAUAUUCAAUCAAUAAAGCAUUUCUAAAAAAUAUCAAAAAUUAAUGGAAAUGACUAAGCAACAAUAAUAAAACAUAGUUAAAUCUAAACUCUUUAAAGGACCACGUUCAAUUAGUAAUCCAGAUAUUUCAAAUUUAUAACUCUACAUUACUAAAGCUAAUGGAUUAAGUUCUCCUGGUAUGCUUUAUAAUGGUUAAACUAAAACCAAUCAAGAUAUCUAUAAAUUAAUCAACAAAUUUAACAAUAAAGAUAAUGAUUGGUAUAUAUAAGUUUCAGAUGGUCAUGGCACUAAUGGCCAUUAAGUAGCUUAAUUCUUAUAAUAAGUCUUACCUUCAUUUAUUGAAUAAGGUAUCUUAACUAUCUCAUCCUGUUAUGAUCGUGAUAAGUAAACUUAUAUAAUUAAUUUAUAGAUAAGUCAAUACAAUCCUCAAAAACUGUUUCUUAUAAACUAAUGAAGAAUUACUUGAAAGUGGAAUUGAUGUGACCUAUUCAGGUGCAACCGCUGUAACACUUAUUUCCUUUGAAAAUAUAUUAUAUUGUGCAAAUAUUGGGGAUAGUAGAGCAAUUAUAGGAAGAUUUGAUAAUAAACUUUCAGUAAUAGAAUUAUCCAAAGAUCAUAAACCUGAUUGUUUUUUGGAGUAAGCAAGAAUCAUUCAGAGAGGAGGUCGUGUAUAAGCAUAUAGUGAUGAAGAUGGGAAUCCUGUUGGUCCUGCAAGAGUUUGGAAAUCAGAUGAAGAUGUUCCAGGUUUAGCUAUGUCAAGAAGUUUUGGAGAUUAUGUUGCAAGUUAAAUUGGUGUUAUUUGUGAACCAGAAAUAAUAAAACAUGCACUUUUACCUUGUGAUAAAUUUAUUAUUGUUGCAUCUGAUGGAAUAUGGGAGUAUUAUUUUUAUAUAAAACAUAAGAUUUCUUUCUAAUGAAUGGGUUGUUGAAACUGUUUAUGAAUAUUAUAAAAAAGAUGAUACUCAAGGUGCUUGUUAAAGAUUGGUAUAAGCUGCAAAAGAAGCAUGGUAAAGAGAAGAUGAAGUCAUAGAUGAUAUUACAGUAGUAAUAGCUUUUAUUAAAUGA